GUUCCGACCCGACCCGCCUGUUUGACGCUCUUCCUACUAUUAUGUAUUCUUUAGGGUGGCGUUGGGUAAAGCCCUCCCUCCCGGGGGGAGGGGAUAUAAGAUGAUGGUUGGCCAUUGUGUGUUUGUCUGCAUGCGUAGCAGAUAUUUUAGGAGGUACCCAAUUAUCUUCUGGUAUACCAAAAACAGAACAGAGUGCGUAUAACAUGUUGGUUUUACAGAAGUGAAGGACACAAAGUUGAAGUCCUGGCUUUAUCUUCAUAUGCAUUCAUGUUGGUCUCCAGAUGUCCAUUAAAUCAUAUCCUUUUUGAACCAAGAAUCAGUAAAGGUGGAUUCAGAUGGAAAGCAAAGGACUCCAAUAAUGUUCCCAUUGAGAAGUGGAAGCAAGAUAGCAUUUUCAUUGAUAGACGCGGCAGAUUUAGACACUUUGAUCACAAAAAAGUUUCAAGGAAAAGAUGUGGUUCUUUAAGGGGUAGAGGAUGGAAAUAUGGAUCUGGUUUUGUUGAUGGUAUAUUCCCAGUUCUAAGCCCAAUUGCUCAGCAAAUUCUGACUUUUGUAAAGAAGGAAAGAGAUCCAGAGAGGAUUUGGUCUUCCUUGGAUACUCUACGUCCAACCAAUGACACUUGGGAUGAUAUAAUUAAUGUAGCAGUUCAACUUCGAAUCAACAAACAAUGGGAUCUGAUCAUACUGGUAAAGAUCAUCUUU